UGUUUGGCAAUCUGGGAACAAACUUGGCAGGGAAACCAGAACCCCCUCUCUUCCCUCCUCCUCCUCUCCUCCCUCCCCUCCUCCCUCUCCUCCUCCUCUCCUCUCUGUCUGUUCAUUCACAGCUCAGUCACUCAGUCCUUCUCCUCUCUGCUUGUCGUCUCUCAUUCACUUGAGUCAUGUUCAGUUUUCAGUGGGUUUUUGGAGCCUCGCUGGUCUUGCUGGCUUCUGUGGCUGUGGCUCAGUACGAUGACUUCACCCCAACUCCAGACUAUGACUCCGACUACAACGCCACCUUCGAGUACAGCUUCUACAGUAACGCCAGCAGCGAGGACCUGGACAGGUUCAGCGAACGAUUCGUCGACCAGGACGAGGAGGAAGAGGAGGACAUGGGAGGAUGGCACGAGAAAGAGGAAGCGACUGUCACCAUGGCAACUACCAGAAGCACCACAGAGCAAGGCAGAGUGAAUGUUCAUAACGUCGCAUCACUUCCUGUUUCUCUGGAAAUUAAGACACUCGUCUGCACUGUGAUGAUACUGGCCAGCCUGAACACACAGCAGCUCCGAUGCACACUAUGAGAACUACACACACUCAGCAGCUGAUGUGGAAACAACUGGAUCCUGCAGCGAGGCUCACGUGAUCAGAGGUGGGUGGAGUUACCUCUGCAGAGCAGAGGAGCUGCAGGUUCCCUCUGCGUGGGCUCACAGGUGGACCUCAGCCAAUCACAAAGCUUCAUUAGCACUGCAGCUCACCAGUACCAACACCACCCAGUUUGGAUAAAAGUUUGUCCAACUUUAUUGCCACUUUUCACUUUUUAUUGGAAUGUGUGAGACCAAACCUGUGGAAGGAUGGAAGUUUCUGAAUGCCAAAACUGACAAGUGAAAAAAAAGCCAAAGCUUGAAGCUCAAAUUCACAAAGAAAAACAAAACAAAUAAAAUGUUAAAAUUUAAUUUUUAAAUAAAGUUUAAAGUUUUUCUGUAAAUGUCAACAUCAAAUUAGUUUUUCCUUUUAUAACUUUUGAAUGUCAGACAGCUUCACAGUUUGAUCUUCAGCGUGCAACAAGGACAGAUUUGCUGGACGUUCAUCCAACAACUGUCCCUUUGUCUCACUGUCCUGAACCUGACAAACCCUCUGGAGUGGACGGAUUUAUCACCUCCACUCAACACGUGACCAAUUUAAGAUGACGUAGCUGCAAGACGCAGCCUCGCUGAGUCUCUGUUUUAAUUUGUGUCAAGAGUGGGACCGUCAAACUAUCGUCAAAUUUUGUUAUUAUGUCAAGUAAAACCCAAGUUAUGAUAAACAAUAUAUGUGAUGCUUUUCCUGAACAAUGCCGUCACAUUUGCUGUGUGUUUGGUGCGAGUUUAGAAAUUAUAUGAAUAAAUAAUAUAAAUAA